AUGUCUUCCUUCUACAUCGAAAACAAAAAUGUCGGCAACAAGGCCGAGAGCGAAGACUGGAGAAUCCGUGGAUACAACCCUCUCACAGCACCCGACCUGCUCCAACAUGAGAUCAAACAGACACAGGAGUCGAAGCGCACCGUGCUCGACGGCCGUGAGGAGGUCGUCGCGGUGGUCAAUGGUACGGACAAGAAGCAGCGGCUGCUGGUGGUCGUCGGCCCGUGCUCCAUACACGACCCCCAGGCAGCGCUCGACUACUGUGAUUUGCUGCUGAGAGAAAAGGAGAAGCACAAGGACGAGCUGCUGAUUGUCAUGCGGUCCUACCUGGAGAAGCCCCGUACGACUGUCGGCUGGAAGGGCCUCAUCAACGACCCGGACAUCGACAACAGCUUCAACAUCAACAAGGGGCUGCGCCUGUCGAGACAGCUCUUCGUGGACCUCACCUCCAGGGGCAUGCCCCUAGCGAGCGAGAUGUUGGAUACCAUCUCCCCCCAGUUCGUGGCUGAUGUGCUGUCGCUCGGUGCUGUGGGCGCGCGCACGACCGAGUCCCAGCUGCACCGUGAGCUGGCCAGUGGCCUCAGCUUCCCCGUGGGCUUCAAGAACGGUACCGAUGGGUCUCUGGGCGUUGCGAUCGACGCGAUCGGCGCUGUCAGGCACCCUCAUCAGUUCCUGUCGGUCACCAAGCCCGGCGUGGCGGCCAUUGUGGGCACGGUCGGCAACGACGAUUGCUUCGUGAUCCUGAGGGGAGGCACAAAAGGCACAAACUACGAUGAGAAAAGCAUCAAGGAGGCCAAGGAAGCACUGAAAAAGGCCGGUGUGCGCGAGAGGAUGAUGGUGGACUGCAGCCACGGCAACUCGCAGAAGAACCACAAGAACCAGCCAAAGGUGGCGGCCGUCCUGGCCGAGCAGCUCGCGAAGGGCGAGACUGGCAUAAUGGGUGUGAUGAUCGAAAGCAACAUCAACGAGGGAUCGCAAAAGGUGCCCAAGGAGGGCAAGUCGGGCCUUCAGUACGGCGUCAGUAUCACCGACGCUUGCAUUGGCUGGCAGGACACCGAGUCUGUACUUGCCCUGCUGGCUGAUGGCGUGAAGAAGAGGCGAGCCGUCCUCGAGGAGGCGACGGCGAAGGAGACCGGUUCGUAG